CUCUCUCUCUUUUUAUCCCCCAUCCAAACUUGAGGCUGUGGCUAAAGUUAGAUUGGCCUGCGUUGGUAUAUAAGCCCCCGGGGAUGUACGUAUAACGCGGCUUCACACUGUCUUCUCCUUCUUGAUCAUCCCAACCUCCACUCAAACCGUCUCAAGAUGGCACCAAAGAAGGCAAAGAGGAGGCAGGCAGCCGGAGAUGGCGGCUCCUCCAACGUGUUCUCCAUGUUUGAGCAGAGCCAGAUUCAGGAGUACAAAGAGGCUUUCACAAUCAUUGACCAGAACAGAGAUGGUAUCAUCAGCAAAGAUGACCUGAGGGACGUGCUGGCUUCAAUGGGCCAGCUGAACGUGAAGAAUGAGGAGCUUGAGGCCAUGAUCAAGGAGGCCAGCGGCCCCAUCAACUUCACCGUCUUCCUCACCAUGUUCGGAGAGAAGCUGAAGGGUGCUGACCCCGAGGACGUUAUUCUUAGCGCCUUCAAGGUCCUGGACCCCGAGGCUACUGGAACCAUCAAGAAGGAAUUCCUUCAGGAGCUCCUGACCACUCAGUGCGACAGGUUCAGCGCAGAAGAGAUUAAGAACAUGUGGGCCGCCUUCCCCCCAGAUGUUGCUGGCAACGUAGACUACAAGAACAUCUGCUACGUCAUCACACACGGAGAGGAGAAGGAGGAGUAAAGAGAAAGCUAGAAGACAAGAAAGACAGCAAUCCCUUGCAAUUCUGCCUUCCCUGCCCUUUUCUUUCCUCCUCUUCCCCCCACUCACCUUUUGUGUAAAACCCAUGUGCUCAGCCACUCAUGUUCAAACCAAAGACUUGUCACACUGACACAUGAGAGUGCGGAUGUCACAUGGGAUGUCUAUGUUUGCUUAUGGGGAAUAGGGGUGAUUUUAAAUAAAAAUUAUCCUGUAACAUCA